CCGGCGCGCCCCCCAGCGCCAGCGCUCGCGCGCGCUCCUCCUCCGCCCUCCCGGGGGUGUGCGGCGCGCACCGGCUCUGGGCGGGGCCCUGCAGUGGCAGCGGGGCUCCUCCUCCUGCUGCUCCUCCUCCUCGCUCCCAGCGCCUCCCCGACCUCCCCCUCGGGUGCUCUCGCGCUAACUGCGCUCUUCCGGGGCCCCUCUGCCUGCUUCCAGCCAUGGUGCUCUGGCGCUCGGCGUUCUUCAUCUGCCUCGCUUUCUCCUUGGCCACUCUGGUCCAGAGAGGAUCUGGGGACUCUGAUUUACGUCUGGAGGAUGCAUUUGAAGAAACUUUCUCAGUAAAGCAGAGAUGGGACCAUGGCACCACUACAACCAAGAGACCAAUAGCAACCAGAGCUCCAGCCAAGCCUGCAGAUAAUGAUUUUAACUUGGCUGAUGCCUUGGAUGAUCGAAAUGAUCGAGACGAUGGCCGCAAGAAACCGAGCACAGGAGCAGGAGGUUUUUCAGACAAGGAUCUUGAAGACAUAUUAGGCGGUGGGGAAUACAAACCUGACAAAGGUGAUGGUCGGUAUGGCAACAAUGACGACCCUGAAUCCGGAAUGUCGGCAGAGGCCGGCACAAUCGCCGGUGUGGCCAGCGCCCUGGCCAUGGCCCUGAUCGGCGCGGUCUCCAGCUACAUCUCAUAUCAGCAGAAGAAGUUCUGCUUCAGCAUCCAGCAUGCAGCAGAAGGUCAAGAGGGUCUGAAUGCAGACUACGUGAAGGGAGAGAACCUGGAAGCCGUUGUGAGUGAGGAACCCCAAGUGAAAUACCUGACACUGCAAACGCAGUCUGCGGAGCCGCCGCCCCCCGACGCGCCCCGGAUCUGAGGGCCCCGCUCCGCAGCGGGCGGACAUGGUGCCACCGCUUGCGACCGGCUCCUUGUUUCCUUUGGACCCCCAGCUGCCAUACUGCUUCGCUGUCAUCAUUGGCUUCUCGUCUUAAGUUUUCCAGAAGAGCUGUGGGUGUGUGUGAGUUUGGCUUCCAUGCCGGCCCCGCCACAGGGGCCCUGAAGACGCUCGGUGUGGAAUCCGAGAGCCGGCUCUGGCGGAGAGCCAGCACCAGCCUCGGAGUCGCCGGGCCGCCACCCCCCAGGGCCAGCCUGUCCCCAGGCCUGAAGGAGCUGGGGGCUGGGGAGACCGAGAUGAGGGAGGGCGGGAGGACCUUUUUGCUCAGGGGAUGAGACUCUGAACCCAGGGUCGUGUGAUCCCCCACACGCUGCGUUGACUCCGCGUGGCCCUGGCAGUGGCCUCCAAGUGCUAUGCGUAGGGAUCCAGCAAGAACCUGGUUUGCUUGGAGCAAAUCGGCGAGCAUCAGGUAACCACACAC